AGGGACAACCUGGAGUCCUCGCUGGCUGAGACAGAAUGUCGCUACAACAACCACCUUGCUGAGCUGCAGAGCCAGAUCACGUGCGUGGAGCAGCAGCUGGCUGAUCUGCGUGCAGAAAUGGAGUGCCAGAACCAGGAGUACAAGAUCCUGCUGGACGUCAAGUGCCGCCUGGAGCAGGAGAUCCACACGUACCGCUGCCUGCUGGAGGGCGGGCAGCAGGACCUGCUUCAGCAAGGAGGAAUUGGUCAGUCUUCGGGUCUAGGAGGAGGAGUUGCAAGAACGAGUGGAAUAGGAGGAGGAGGGAUCAUUAGAACAAGCCACACUUACACGUCAUCGGCCCAGAUGCCAUCCUGUGCGGCUGCCGAGAUACAAGUGCCUUGCAGAAGGAUUUGUGAUUAAGCAGAGAAAUGAGAAUAUCCAACGAGAGAAUCCUGAAGCAGAGCCACGGAUAGAGAAUAUUUACCGUAUGCCUCUGCAAAGGGCAGGGAGCGUGCUCCUCUGUAUUACUCAGCCAUGCUAAGCAACGCGUCAGAGGGAUGAGCAGAGCGCUGGGCCACAUUCUGCUUUAUUUUGCUAUUUGCCUUUUCCAGUCUGUGUUGCUGCGUGUGCCCAGCCACCGUGACUAUUGCUGGUGUUACCCAGCAGCACGAUCACUCAUGUACCUGUUGGUGAAAACAUUUCUCUAAUAAAACUUUGCUUCUGCCUGAUGCAAUCAAGAAA